GUGUGCCUCCUUAGAUUGUUGCCUCUGUUCUCUUUUCUAAUUCCCCUUUUUUCCCUUUCCUUUUGGGCCAGCAAACCUGCAGGCCAGCUGUCCCCCCGUCACUGGCACAGGUAGAUUUUCGCUUAACCCGUGACAUGCAUAAAGCAGCACACAUUAAUACUGUAGUCCUACUUGGUCUGCGUUUUAAAUACAGAAGUCACACUUAGGCUGUAUUAUUCUGCACAGGAAACAUAGCUAUAUUUGUCAGGGGAUGGGAUCAGUGGGACUUCUGUUGUUUUGCAUCCUGAUACACUUCAGUCUGCGGUGAAGCUUGAGAUUCCUUCAAUGUGUACAGCUGAGUAUAAAGACAGUAUUGCACAUCCUAACCAACUCUGCAGGAAUACUAAAACAACGGGCCUUCUUUGGAAACUUACAUCUUAAUAAGGUGCUAAAGAAUUUCUAACUCAGAAAGGCCGAGCAGAGUUUUCUUGCCUCAAGGUGUGCCUCAAGAGGUGCUUUGUGAGGUCAUAAUGGGCAUCAUGGUGAUGUUCAGGAACCCCAUACUAUGUCACGCCAGGAGGUACCAGUUGACCAGUCUUGCCUCAAGCCUCCAAAGGAGGGUGCCUUGCUGGUUGUGGACGAGAGGUAGCAUGGGGCAACUACGGGAGAGAAUUGCUCCCAGGUGUUGCUUUUUGCUCUUCCUUCUCCUUUUCCUUGUGACUCCAUGUCAUGGGCGACCCCGCAAUGUUGCGUGGGAAGCACUUAGUCCAGAUUAUCGUGUCGGUGACACGUAUGAAGCAGAUCCCAUGGAAGGUGAUCUGGAACGUCUCCAGGAUUCCAGGGAUCUGCCUGUACGCCGUAUAUCUGGGAUGCGCCGUUUUCAUCAACCUCAAGGCUACCCCAGGGCUGUUGCACCUCAGAUUCCUUAUCCACGUUCUCAGAUGGAUCUCGAUUUUGGGCCUGAAGAGUAUCCCAAAGCUGCCGGAGGUGUGAGAACUGCAGAGCAUGUGGAACAGAAACAAGGAGGAUAUAAAUCUGCCUUUGCAGUGCUUGCCGUUCUGUUCUUUCUGAUGGUCCUGGCUGCUUUGGCUUACCUGGCAAAACGUCUGCUGAUGAAGAGACAAAAAAAAACAAUGACAUUUGAAGCUGUCAUGAAAAAUGAAGACCCAGCUCCAGCAGAAAAACGACAGCCAGUAGCUCGAAUUACCAUAGAAAUUCAAGAUGUUUCUGGGGAUUCACAGUCACGUCGGAAGGGUCUUGUCCGAUGUAUAUUCUCACCAAUCACUGCCUUAUUCAGACAGUCCCCACAGCAAUCCUCUAAGCUUGACCUUUGCUUGCACUCAGGAAUCUCUGGUACAAGCAAAAAGGCACUAACAUCAGGAAAAGAGGAGAAAAAUGCAUCCUGAUGUGGAAAAGCAGUGAAAUUGGUUGAAUCAUAGAACUCCUGGUGGACUUUCCCAGUUCCAGCAGUCCAUUUCUGAUUCAGUACUUAGGAUGACCAUUAUAGCAUUCACCGCUUAUUCCAUAUCAUGACAUCAUGCCCA